UUGAGCUGUCCCGUUUGGAUACAUAACGCGCAGGAGCGCCCCGGUGGAAGAAGCUCUCUGCGGGGGGAACGGGUUGAUCCCUCGGCUCUCCGAGACACACCGCAGACUUUUUAUUUUGUUUUUGUUGUUGUUGUUGAGGGGAGGAUUAAAAAGAAACCAGUCUGCACCGGAAUUGCCCAACGGGGGUUUCUUUUUUAUGACUGACUCCAGGAGGAUUUAUAGUUUAUUCCAGACAUCAUCUGCGCGGUGUGUUGCCUCAAAGCGCAUGUUUUGGUCAAAUAGAGAUUAUUGAUGGCAUCGAUGCGGAUAACUGAUUAAAAGACCCCCCGUUGUCCGUUUGGCGAACAGUUGCGGAGGUUGUUUCUUUUUCUUCUUCUUCUAUACCGGCGGGAGGGAUGCAGACUGUCGGGAGAAAGGGAGGAGCGCUGGUGGGAUGUCGCCUCUGGAAGACGGUGCUUCUUAUUUUCCUGUGGAAAGUGUCUGACAGCCGAGCAGGAGCUGCAGGAUCCGGACCAGGGGGCGGGCCGGACUCCUACCAGCCCCGGUUCUCCUCCUCCGUCCCCACCUACCUCCCCGUGCAAUGCCAGCUCAGCGGUGCAGACUCCGCCUUCUUCCUGCGGGAAUCCAAUCAGGACGUCAUGCGAAACGGCAGCCUGUCGUCGCGGACCGAGCCCUUCUUCCUCCACCAACUCGAAGCCGCCGUCGCCGCCCCGCACUCCCUGCCCAGCGUCAACUGCAGCUACGGGAACCUGAGCGUUGAGCAGCCAAUCCCAGUGGAGCUGCUUCAGGGCCCUCCACCACACCUGCUGCUGUCAACCAACCAGGUGACUCUGAACUGGAAGGUCAAAGGUCAAGUGGUGGUGCCCAAAGUUGGUUCGACACGGCCCUGGAUACAGGUGCUGUUUUAUCUGGCCGGGCGUCGUUGGGACGAGCCUGACCCGCCUCCUCAAGCCCUCCUCCCGUGCGUCAGAGCCGUGGCCGUCCGUGACACCAGUGAAGCGGCACCCUCGGCGGGCUGCCGACUCAUGGGACCAUCUGGCAUCUGCGUGGUCCGUCUGGAGAUUCCCCCAGCUUGGUUUACACCACCGCAAGCGAGAAAAAGACCUCCCGAAGUGACUCUGCCAUCACUGGAUGUGUAUUACUCGAUCAUACCGGCGGAAGGGAACGGUCGAGAGUGUCCCUCCAUCGUCGAUGAGCCAUGGAGAGGACAGAGCGUGAACGUCGGCCCUCUCGGAGGCCUGGGCCCCGGCGGACAUUGGAGCCCCCUAGUGGACGGGGGUCUUCAAGACAUGCUGAAAGCCGGUUCUGUGGUGAUGAACACGGGCGCCGCGUCUGCCAAAGGGGAAAAAUUGAGACUGGAUGAAAACGUGGAGGUUCUGGUGCCUCCCAGCCCGGUGCGGCUCGGCAGGACGGUGGCGUUCGGCGUCUACAUGAAGACGGGUUCAGACACGGAACAGUUCACGUUGAGGGUGUGGUUCCAGUCAGGAAUUAACUUCCUGGCUGUGAAACCCAGCAACCUCGUCGCGUGGGAGAUCAAACAGGAAAUGGCACCGGGAAGCAGUUCGCUGGCGGUGAUGUGUCAGAGAAGGGCGACCUCCACAGCAGAGAGGUUGGAGAGUCCGUCCUAUGAGGUGAUGCAGCUGGAAUUUGAGGUGGACAACGUGAUCAACCUGGUGUCCACCCAGACGCUCCACUGGAACGUGGAGUACAUCACUGGCACGUCUUCCAGGCAGACGGAGAAAGUCUCACACCUCUACAUUAGCAACGCUGACAUCCAGGGAAUCGUACCACUGGCUCAGGACACGGAGGUGGUGAACACAGCCAUUCUCACAGGUCGCCGUGUGGAAGUGCCCAUCAAACUGGUUACCGUGGAGACCGACGGGCAGGUGAGGGAGGUGGACGACUCGGUCACCUGCACCUCGACGGACGUGGAUGUGGUCAAGGUUUCCCCAAACUGUGACCAGGUCUGGGUGAACGGCAAAGAGAUGCGCGGCCGUCACUCUUUGGCGGUGAACUUCACGUACCUGCACCUCUCUGCUCAGCUGCAGCUCACCGUCUGGGUGCCCAAGCUCCCUCUGCAGAUCGACGUGUCGGACACCGAGCUGAGCCAGGUGAAAGGCUGGAGGGUACCGAUCGUCUCCAACAAGAGACCUACCAGGGACAGUGAAGAUGAUGAGGAUGAUGAGAGGAAGGGCAAAGGCUGCACCCUACAGUACCAGUACGCCUUGGUCCGGGUGCUCACACACUUUGUGGCAGAGCCCUCUGACCCUGGAGGGGAGAUGGUCUACAUGCUGGGUGCCGACUGGCAAGCGGACAUCACUCAUUUGGUGUUGGACCAACUAAAGGUAGAAGAUCCUCGGGUUGCCAUGUUGGUGGACGGACGGAUCUUGAUUGGCCGAGACCUGGGGAUUACUACAAUACAGGUUCUGUCCCCGCUGUCUGACUCCAUCCUGGCAGAGAAGACUGUGACUGUGUUGGAUGACAAGGUCACCAUCACUGACCUGGGAGUCCAGCUGGUGGCAUCUCUGUCCCUCAGUAUGACAGCGAGUUCUGGGAACUACCAAGCUAUACAGCUGACCACUACAGCCACGGACCUGCUACACACACCCAAACAGGAGGCAGCGAUCAGCGCGUGGAUCCAGUACAGUGACGGCUCAGUGGCGCCACUCGGCGUCUACGUCCAGGACUUCCUCCUCUCGGUCGUGUCAUUGGGGCGCGUCAUCUCUAUAACAAAUCAGGAGCAACACUGGCCUAAUGUCGUGGCGGAGGCCGAUGGACACGGACCGCUGGUUCGCGUAGAGAUGAUCAUCUCUGAGACCUGCCAGAAAUCCAAAAGAAAGAGCGUGCUGGCGUCUGGAGUUGGCAACGUGAUGGUGAAGUUUGGAGCCAAGAGUGAGGACAGGGGUGUGAUGGGAAGAGGAGGACAGGACGGGGGAGGAGGAGGAGGAGGAGGAGGAGGAGGGAUGGACAACGGCUCCAGUGAGCACCAAACAAAGGAUGGAGAGUGGAAGUCGAACAGUGCAGCGGUGGAUCGAGAGGAAGGAGCCAUGCGGAAGAUUAGCACAACGACCAAGAGCGCAGUGACCCAUCGCUCUUCAGGAGGUAAAGCGGCCAGCGGAGGCAGCCGCAGCAGCCGGGGUGGAGGCCCCAGCCAAGCAGGGGACUACAGUAGCUACCCCGCACAGGUGGAGGUACCGGGCACUGGGGACAGCGAGCUGACCCAGACCACCAGAGGACUGUCGGACCUGGAGAUUGGAAUGUACGCCCUUUUGGGCGUGUUCUGUCUGGCAAUACUGGUCUUCCUCAUCAACUGUGUCAGCUUUGCCUUCAGAUACCGUCACAAGCAGGUCCCUGUGCUGGAGGCCGGCGGCAACAUGAACCACGCCCACGACUGGGUGUGGCUCGGGAACGAGGCCGACCUUUUAGCGGAUCACUCUGACCAAUGCCAGGGCGUGCUGCCCGAAGAGUGCACCACCAUCAUCGACCGGAGUGAGGGGGCGUACGAGGAGAACAAGUACCUGCUGAACGGGGCCGGCAACGCCCUCGUGAUGGGCGUGGGCACCGGCGUGGGCACCGGCGUGGGCACCGGCGUGGGCACCGGCGUGGGCACCCUCCGUGGGAGCGGCGGCGCAGGCGGACACCGGCGCAUCGCUCACGGACAAACCUUGCCCCGAUCGGUCCCAGAACCGCAUCAGUGCCUGUCGGCGAUCACCGGCCAAGCAGAGCAUCUCAAUAAUUCCCCCCGAGCCACGGCCGCGGCCGCUGCCGCCAAACGCAAGCGCGUCCAGUUCACGUCUUUCGCCACCGUCCUGCCCAACGAUAAUUCGUGCGGGGGCGGUGGCCCGUACGCCAACUCCUCAGUCCUGGUGACCAAUGGCAGCGAGGAUGACAUCAAGUGGGUGUGCCAGGAUAUGGACCUGGGUCAGUCUGAAAUCAGAACCUACAUGGAGAGGCUACAAGACAAUCUGUGACUGAUGGGAAAGACACUGAGGAAUGGAGGGGCAGAGGACGAGAACAGGAGGGGGGGAUGGACCACGAGGACAAUUCACCUGUAAUGCCUUUGCAAUGGAUGAAGGGAGGGACGAGGGGAGGAAGAUGAGAACCGGCGAUGGAAAGCAUACCAUCGUCACUCGCUCACACUGAAAGCAAUGGUAGCAGACAAUAAACACCAUCAUGAGUUUGUUUUUAUGAUUAAUUGUGAAAAUAUUAGUGGACAAAUCCAGAAAAGUCACGAUUGGUUAUGAAUGUGUUUUUUUUUAGAAUACCAGUAAACCAUUGUGCUAUUCAUAAAUGUAAAAACUAAUCAAGCCACUACACAUUUAAACGAGGAUGGCAAGAACAUAAUUUCUAAAGUAUUUUGUACCCAUGUGGUGUUUUGCCACUAUUGGCGGUAGCUGUUGAUUUAAUCCCUGAUAUAUAUAGUUUUAAUAAUUACCAGCCAAGUCUACUGAAUGGGUUGUAUCGAGAUGUACGAUCACUGAAGAUUAGAUGAGCUUCGAAAAUACAAUCAAUUAUUGUUUCUUCUCUCAUGUGACCCAUUUUGCUUUUGGCAUUGUUCAUACGUGAAAUGUAAAAUAUAUAUAUUCAAAGUACCGGACAAUAAAUGUAGGCACCCGUGGGAGCUAGAAAAAGGGGGCGGAUCUCGCUGUUUCCCCAAACAACAGAAUGUGUCAAGAGUUGGAAGAUGAACUGACGAGCAGAAGACUGUUUCUCCCUUGGAUCCAAGACAGAGGCAUUUAAACUUGCACAAUUACAAACAGGAAACAACAUUAGCCAUAUUUGAGGCUCACCGUCCUGUUUUGUGAAACCUUUUGAGCCAAUGACGGCUUUCUCCCUGUAUCCAGAACCAAUCACAUCAUCCCCCUAAACCCCCUCCUCUCCUUGUCUGUGAUUGGACGGCAGUGAACUGAAGAAACACAGUGAAAUACUGUGAAAUACUCUCUGUAAACUGAAAAGGGGGACUGACUGAGGUGUCUCGUAUAAACAAGGAGGCUGCUUGGGCUUUGCAAAGCCUGGACGAACACUUAACAAUGAGGAUUAUUUAAAACAGGAACUACGUAGGCAACAAGAAGGACCAGAGAGGCCUGCAGUGGAGCAGGAACAAGUUCAAGGUAGAGCAGGAACAAGUUAAAGGUGGAGCAGGAACAAGAUAUGGGUGGAGCAGGAACAAGUUAAAGGUGGAGCAGGAACAAGAUAUGUUGAAUGAAAUUACAAUAUGAAAUGAAAAUGAAGUGAAACUGAAUAUCUCACGAAUAAGAUAUGGGUUCAUGAAACAUGUUUGUUUUUGGUAAACAUAAUUAUGUAUGUUUUUCCCUUUUUGUUUGUCCAUUUUGAUUAAUAGAAACGUUUUUAUUGUGUUUUUUGUUUUAUGUAUCUAUAUUUUGUUCUCAUAGAUUUAUUUGACUUUAACGGACACUUGGUUAAGUUUUUCUUCUAGAGAUUUAUUUAUUUAAAUGAACAUUUUGAGAGGGUGAGGGUGGGAAGAAAGAAAGAAAGGUAAAAUAAUAUAUAAAUAAUAAACAGUAGACCUGCUGGUGAAUGAUAGCACAUGAGAGAAGACGUGAAAGCAAGGAGACAGAAGAGGCCUCACCUUCGUUAAGCUCAGGUGACGAGUCAUGAAGAACUGAUAAUAAACAAGGAGAACUGUAAGAUUGUUAAGAUUGCAAUAUUUAUUUAUAAAUGUGUUACUGUUUCAGAGUACACUGUAUGUUGUAGAUGAAUAAACAUGCUUCAAAGUGCUUGUGAAUACGAUUGCAGGUCACUUAGCCAACAACAUGGUGAGAUUUUGUACAUUUUACAGUGAAAAUAUGGUUCACAAUACUAUCUACCACCACAAUGUGAAAGUGAUCUUAUUGGUUUUCUAAAGAUGUUCCUGUCUUUGUUUAAAGUAUUGAAUUAGUUAUUGUCUAAUUGUACAGGGUAUAAUCAGUUUACCUUCAUGAUGAGAUGUAAAAAUGGAGGACGACCCAUCGAGAAUCCUAAUCAACGGUGUUUGAAGAUGAGUGCAAAAAGAUUCAUUUCAGAAACCAAACUGACACUCUAUUUGCAUUAAUUUGUUUCAAAAGGUGCUCCGUGUAUUACCCGGCCACAGCGUUUCACCUCUAACGAUGGCUCCAUACAAUCUAAAUGUGCAUCUUCGGGAGAGAAACAAAGAAUUAAAAGCUAAUGUGUACUGACUAAAAGCUAAAUUCAAUUAAAUUGCCAUAAAAAGGUCAACAUGACAUCGCUAUCUUAUGAGUUUCACAUGUGGCUCCGUGGUCCGUGUACACUUCAAUAGUUAGUUGAGUGGCUUAAAUGAAACUCGUGCCUGCCUUUCAUCUCGUGGGUUAAGGAGCGCUCACUGGUUGUCAAUAGAAACGUCUGCAGCAUAAACCGCUGAUAUAUUUGGCGUAAUGUCGAAAAAAAUUGGACAUCUUCUCAGAAUGUGGUAAACCAGGGGUGUCAAACUAAUUUUCACCGUGGGCCACUUCAGCACCAUGGCCGCCUCUUAAAGGGCCAGUGUAACCGAAACUGGAUAAACUACUCCUGAACAUAGAGUUAAAUAACUGUCUUUGCGUUUGAUUAUAGUUUAUUUGAGUGUAGAAAUCUUGUACAUAAGGACAUUUCUCUAAUAUUAUAACAUAAACCCAUGUGAUUUGAAACCUUCAAAAUAAAAGUAUAGGAUUUUUUUUUUUUUUUAAAGAAAAUGUGAUCAUAUGUCUUUCAAGCCGUCAGGGGCCACAUAAAAUGACGUGGCGGGCCGGAUUUGGCCCCCGGGCCUCGUGUUUGACACCUGUGUGUUAAUCUAAGACUUUGGCCGGAUUGUACACGUUGCACCUUUAGCACCAAACAUGAUAAACUCCCAUGAGUCACAUGGUCAGGUGUGAAACAGAAGGAACACAGGACUCAAUAGAUACAGAUAAGAGACCGGAGCUUCACAUGGGGGAACCGAGCAGGGCUGCACAGCCUCCACCAACGCAAUAGAUACUUUGACUGAUGACGGCAACUCUACUGUAUAUUAUGGACUCACACACACAACUGUAUCUCUCCGACUCUAACGUAGCUACACGACUGCUGCGACUCAAACACGUUCAGUACUCGCUGAAGGUAGAAGUGUAGAUUGCUAUUUAUUUGAUUAUUUGUGGGGCUUGUGUUCAGCUUUUAUUUGAUACCUGAGAAAGACAAAUAUUCUGUAUGUAGCCGAUGUGGAAGGUGCGCAAUUUACUGCAUGCUUACUAAACUACUGCUGAGCUUUAGCACAGUUCACCAGAAUAAUUGUUUCCACAGCUCAGACAUUUAACUUCUUUGUCUCCUUUCCAGAUAUCAGAAUUUACACCGAACGGCAUUAGUUGGUUACAAAUAGAGUCUGAUUUUUUUUGUUUACUCACGCUAAUAAAGUUUUACAAAUAACAUUCAAACACAAACUUUUGAGUCCAAAAAACAAGAUUGCACAGUUGUUUUUAAAAUUUGUUUUCCACGUUCCUCUGGUUCCCUCAGGCUGUCUUGCUUGCAUACAGGGAAAUAGAUCUAUCUGCACCAGAAAUAUGUUCAUAUUUAAACAAUUUGUCAAAGCAAUUUGUAGCCAAUGCGGGAAGUAUUGUGAUGUUUACACGUUGCAAGUAAAAUAAAGUAACAGCGUGGCGGUAAGAGAGGUACAACGUGGACUUUUUCAAUGUUCGACAUAUUGCUACACAAGAACGUUGCAUCAAAACAGUUUGAUAUGAACAUAAAUCUGACGAUAAAGGUUUUGAGACACACCUGGAUUCUUUUGAACUGGAGGAUUCGCCUAUAGUGCGUUGUCUCACUUGUUAGGCUUUUCCUGAUUAAAAGCCAAUGGAGGUUUUCAAAGGAUGAUACAACAAAAUCAGCCACUUUAGAUUUCUCCUCCUGAACCCGAUCUUGCGAUCGCGCUCGAGUGAAGUGAGUACGUUCACAACCACAUUAGUUCUGCAUGGUGACAUUACAUUAUUACAUUACAUGUCAAUUAGCUGACGCACGCCUCUCUUACCUUGUUUUCAGACCAAUUCAAAUAACUUCUAAAGCAUUUUUCUAAUCAAUUCCUCAUGAAUGAAGUCAAUGCAAAGCAGUAGUUCAGCCAUCAGCAGUCAAAAAAAUUGGACCUUCAACAAGUGGCACCACCAAAAAGAUAAUACACAUUCUCAAAAGAGUUAGUUAUAGUGGUAACACAUGGGUAGCAGCUGAAUGUACUCGGGGUAGAAGAGUUGUGAGCACGAAAGAUUUUUUGUUUAAUUUCUUAUUUUGCUCUUGUCAUUGUUUAAACAUGGCUCAUGGAGGCCAAUAAUGACCCAUAACCAAAAAUAGUCUUAUAAUACUCAGUUUGAUCCAUCGGCGUCACAAUAACAAUCAGCCAUUGUUGCUUUGAUAAUCCAGUAUUUUGAGGCGUGGAGGUUUCAGGGCGAUGGAAGUACAGAACACAAUCAGAAGAAGGUACAGCAGCUGUAAUUUUAGACGUUAGGAGUUUCCUUAAAUGACAUUGUCUCAACAUCAUCACAGGGUUGCUUAAAAGUGUUGUCAUUUUUAAAAAAUAUGUGUGUUUCGAAAUCCGACUUUUGUGUUGAAAUGUCUAUCUUUACCGAAUAGGCUGUACGGAGGAUUGUUUACUUUGUGUUUUCUGUAAGAUGUAAACCGUAAAAUAAAAAGACAAUGACGCUU